AUGGAUAAGAACGUUCGAAAGAUAGAAACAACAAUUUCAUCAGUACAUGUUAAGGAAGUGAAAAGGCGCUCUGAAACAUCUAACCAAGCCAAACAAGCAGGUAUACAGCAAACAGGUAAAAUAUACCUUGAGAUGGAUAAAUUACAUAGAGAAUUGAGUCGACAAAAUUCCAAGAGACAACCAGAUAAGAGAGUUUACGAUUUUGGGAUUGAAUGGGAUUGGGACUUUAUCCCAUACCCAUAUACUGAAGAUUUUCCAGAAAUUGAUAACGAUGAUUCGGAUUAUGAUGAAAAUAAGAGCGAUGAUGUGUUAUUACAGUCAGAAUCGAAGGUCGGCAAUGAUAAUAAUUCUGCACAAAUGUUUAACGUUAUCGAGGAUGCUGAUGAAGUUGGUGUGCAUAAUCAUCAGACUCAUGCCUUAUGGACAGUGUUGGAUUUGGACAUAUAUGAUGUUCAAUUGGACCCGGUGAAAUUUUUGGCAUCGUGA